GAAAGCAUCCAAAGAAAAGAGUCGUAGGUAUUGUCGGUUUGGUUUAUUUGAUAACAUCAAAAUUGGGGGGGCGAGGGAGAUUAGAUUAUAACAAUACUAUUGUCUUUCUCGUUAGCGCAUUUUCCUCUUUAUAUUGUGUUUUUCAUUUUUGAUGGAUAAAGCUAACGGUGCCAAAUCAUUAUCUACCUCUUUACAAAACCUCAAUUUGAAUUCUAACUCCUCCGUUACAUUCAUCACCCAUCCUCAAUUCAAAGGAUUACUAUUUAAGAAGAAAAAACCUGCAAGUCUAGUCAACCUCUGCAUUGGAGUUAUCGGAAGACAUUUGGAGGACAUUAUUGAAGAUUUGGAUGAGAUUGCUAUCUGUUUGCCGGGUGAUAUAAAGAUUACGGUGGCAGCUAUUGCUAGACGAAGAAAGUUGCUGAAUGAUGAUGUCUUGAUCGCAUUAGCUGAUGCUUCAUGGGAAAUCCUUGAUGUCUCUGGCUCAGAUGUUUCGGAUUUUGGCUUGAUAAAAGCAGCUCAAGUAUGUAGAUUCAUUAAAGCUCUGGACAUAAGCCGGUGCACCAAAAUUACUGCCACUGGUAUAUCUGAACUUGUGAAGCACUGCCAUUCAUUGGAGACAUUGAGAUGCGGAGGGUGUCCAAGGAGUGACAACACUGCUCGGAGAUGCUUGAGUAUAUUUAAACCAAGGCUAGAGUAUGUGGAAGAGGAUUCUUGGGAGGAGCUUGAUACUAAAGAAAUUGCUAGCGGUGCACAAUCACUCAGGUGGUUAGUAUGGCCGAAAAUUGAUAAUAAUUCUCUAGAGGACUUUUCCGCCGAGUGCCCGCGUAUCGUAGUAAAUCCUAAACCAUCUCCCUUUGGGUUUAUGGGAACUCAGGUUCCUUUUGAAGCAUUUCAAAAUAUCAUAUUAGAUGAUGUAGUUGUCAAAGAUAUUGAUCCCAAGACAUGGACAAUGCAUGGGAUUGUUGCAAAGAAGCCCAUUUCUCCACCUUCUUCAAGCUCCGCUGAAUUAUCAGUAGCUGAAAAAUUCAGACUUGCCUUUGAGGAAAGGGACAAUCGGUUAGCUCCAAAGCGAGCUAAAAACGCUCGGCAACAUCAGCGUCGGGCAGCACGGGACUUCUUGUUGAUGAGCACAAGAGCCAAGGCCAUGGUCUUGGCAUCGCAAGUAAGCAAGUCUCUUCAUAGUUGAAACUCAUAGUCUUCACAGAAUUAUGAAAUGAUGAGUUUUUUCAGUCACCAUAAAAUAUUAAAAUGUACUAUAAACUUCUGUAUAUAUGUAAGAAGUUGUUGGUUAUUUAUUUUCUAUAUCUUUGAAAAGAUCUCGAGCUUAGAAUUUUUGUAUUGUUUGAUGUUUUGACAAAAUGAAAAUUUAUUGUCAAUUGCAAUGUUAUGAAGAAACAUAAUGGCUAGUUGCAAAAUUUA